AUGUCUUUCGUCAAGAUAGUCUCGGCCCUGGGAUCGCUGGCUGCAUUGGUCUCUGCCCACGGCUAUGUGCAAGGCGUGGUUGUUGCUGGUACAUACUAUGAGGGCUACUCGCCAUCUUUCCAAUAUCAGAGUGCUCCAACUGAUGUAAUCGGUUGGAGCGAUCCCGAGAACUUGAGCAAUGGAUAUGUGGCUCCUUCUGCUUUCGCUGAUCCAGACAUCAUCUGCCAUCUCGACGCAACUCCAGGCGCCAUCUCUGCGAAGGUUGCCGCUGGCGACACAGUCGAGUUGCAGUGGACCAACUGGCCAGAGAGCCACCACGGUCCAGUGAUCGACUAUCUGGCUAAAUGCUCUGGAAGCUGUUCCGAAGUCGACAAGACCACGCUGGAGUUCUUCAAGAUCAGCCACGGUGGACUCAUCGACGGCAGCGCUUCUCCUGGAAAGUGGGCAUCAGACCAGAUCAUCUCAAACAACAAUUCCUGGGCCGUCACCAUCCCUACUGGAAUUGCAGCCGGAAACUACGUCCUUCGACACGAAAUCAUCGCUCUCCACUCCGCCGGUGACGCCAAUGGUGCUCAGAACUAUCCUCAGUGCAUCAAUCUCGAAAUCACUUCUGAUGGGACUGACUCGCCUGCUGGUACAUUCGGAACAGCGCUCUACAAGGAGGACGACCCCGGUAUCCUUAUCAACAUCUACACCUCGCUUGCCACUUACACCAUUCCUGGGCCAUCCCUCUAUAGCGGCGCUGCAUCGGCCCAAAGUCAGACUCCAGUCUCAAUCACCAGCGAUGCUCCUGCAGAGACAGGCACUGCAACUUCUUAUCUCAUAGCCAGCACCACUGCUCCAGCAUCUGAGACAUCUGCGGCCGCCAACUCCAUUGCUCCAUCCGCCACAGCAGCUCCCGAAUCUGCUAUUGCCUGGCUCGUCUCCGCAGUGCCCUCUGAGGCUCUUACAUCGACCAUCCCAACCACGAUAGUGCCAACUGGGACCGCUAGCGGCGCUUCACCGACCGGAUACUCCAGUGGUGAGACUGAGUGGGGCUCAAAGCCAUCGAAGCCAUUGCCUCAGAGCUGGUCUGGCAAGAGACAUCACGCCCGAGACUUCUCUGUGGACGAGGAAACUGCUGCCAUCUAUGGCGAAUACGAGCCACCAGCUCUGCCAUACAUCCCAUAG